GAUGGCAGCUGGACUGAACAUCUUACAUCACAGGUUAGAGAAGUAAAGGAAGUAAACUCCGGAAGUGGUGAAGCAGAUGGAUUCGUAUUUGCAUCAGUUCCUCUUCAAUUCCUCUUCUUCUUCUUCUUCCCCUGUUCCUUCUUCUUCUUCUGGGGUUUUUAAUUGCAAAAGUUUCCCCGGACUUUCGUUGGAAACAAGCAGAAAGACAGAAUCGAAGGAACGGAGUUUGUCCUAAGGUUUUUGGAACAGAGGAAUCUAACCUACUUACGAGUUACAGAUAUUGGACCCCUUUACUCCAGCAGAUUGUAACAAAACUGGAAAAUCAAAGCCAUUGACAUCGAAUUUCUAUGACUGUAAUAGCUUGGCAUUGAAAACAACUGAACCGGGGGGUAAGCAUUAUUUUUCCAAUCCAAAACCCUAACAUUUGAGAUGGAGAAGUCUAGAUCUAAGAGAAACUACUACUAUGACCACCAAGACUAUGAUUCGGAGGCGAUGGGUAGAACCAGACCUCGUUACAACAAUCACUACGCCAAUAAUAACUAUCGUCACCGUGGAAGUGCAGCCCGGCCGUCUAAACCUCAAGACCAAUCUCUUAUGGUGACCACGACUUACAGGAUUCUCUGUCACGACGCCAAGGCCGGGGGAGUUAUCGGCAAAUCCGGUAGCAUCAUUAAGUCCAUUAGGCAGCACACCGGCGCGUGGAUCAACGUGCAUGAGCUAGCUCCGGGCGAUGAGGAGAGAAUAAUUGAAAUAUCGGACACCCGGCGGCGGGACCCGGAAGGCCGGAUUCCGCCGUUCUCUCCGGCGCAAGAAGCACUUUUCUUGAUUCAUGAUAGGAUUCUUGAGAGUGACAUGAGUCCUGGGUUUAACGGAAUGGGGUAUGGUGCUGAGGACGAGGAUGAUGAUUACGGUGGGGUUAGGGGAGGAGCUGGCGGUGGUGGUGGCGGUGGCCGUGUAGCAACAAGGCUUGUCGUGUCAAGAAUGCACGUCGGUUGUUUGCUAGGGAAGGGAGGAAAGAUAAUCGAGCAAAUGAGGAUGGAAACCAAGACCCAGAUAAGGAUUCUACCUAGAGAUCACAAUUUGCCUCGUUGCAUUUCAAUGUCGGAGGAGAUUGUUCAGAUUGUUGGUGAUGCAAAUGCUGUGAAGAAUGCUAUAGCUAUCGUUUCAUCACGCUUGAGAGAGAGUCAGCAUCGUGAUCGUAGUCAUUUACAUGGACGUCUGCAUUCACCGGAACGUGGUUUCCCUCCUGAUGAUGAUUAUGUUCCAAAUAUAAGCAAUACAGGGCGACGGUUAUCAAUGGAUGGACGAACAUUUAGAUCACGUGCUUCUAAUGCAAGAGGCAAUGACUAUUCCAACCGUCAAUCUAGUUUUUCAAUAGAGCCUGGGGCCCCUCCUGUUAGUGACAAUGUGAUGCCCUUUUACGGGGAGGACCUUGUAUUUAGAAUAUUAUGCCCAAUUGACAAAGUUGAUAGUGUUAUUGGAGAGUCUGAAGGAAUUAUAGAAUUACUACGGAAUGAAGUUGGUGUGGAUAUCAAGGUUUCCGACCCUGUAACUGGUUCAAACGAACGGAUUCUUACCAUUUCCUCGGAGGAGGGUCCAGACGAUGAGCUCUUUCCAGCACAGGAAGCUUUGUUACACAUCCAAACUCACAUUGUUGAUCUCAUUCCUGAUAAGGAUAACGUUGUAACUACUAGGUUGCUUGUCCCAUCAAGUGAUAUUGUAUGUUUGGAGGGAAGAGAUGGAUCAUUGUUAGAGAUGAAGAGAUUAACUGGUGCAAAUAUACAAAUUGUGCCAAGAGAAGAACUUCCUGUGUUUGUAUCAGGGGCUGAUGAACUCAUACAGAUCGUAGGGGACAUAAAAGCAGCUAGAGAUGCACUUGUUGAGUUAACAUCAAGAUUACGGAGUUACCUUUAUAAGGAGCCCUUCCAAAAAGAUACAAGUCCUCCAGUCAGUUUAGGACUUGAGGAAUCAUCUUCAAAUAAUAAUGUUGCAGCUCGUGAAGUUCAUAGCGGAAUUGAUCCUUCUAGCACAGCCUAUCAAAAUGUGCAACCUUUUGGAACAGCACAACUGCUAAAGGAAACUGGAGGAUCGAGCAAUGAAACUAGUAAGCAGAAUGAAAAUGACCGACGGGAAGAUCUGCCUAGUGGGUUAAAUAGGAUACCUGUGCCGCUUGUUACUCGUAGUACACUUGAAGUUGUGAUACCAGAGCCUGCCGUUCCGAAGCUUAUAACAAAAUCAAAAAACAAGCUUGCCCAGAUCAGUGAGUUGUCUGGAGCCAAUGUUACGCUGGUAGAAGACAGACCAGAUGUAACACAGAAGAUAAUUCAAAUAUCAGGUACACCAGAGCAGGCUGAGAGAGCCCAGAGCUUGUUGCAAGGCUUUAUUUUGAGCAUGCAAGAAGACGGCCCCUAAGUUUUGGCCCUUUGGUUUUAGUUUACCCCAAAAUUAAGCUGCCCAUAAAAGGAUUGCCCCAUCAGUCAUCAGGUGUACGUGUAUAUCGCGGGGCUGUUGCUUCUAGACUCGGAAUUGUGUCUCUUUUCAGCUGUGUUUCUGGAAGAGCUAUGGGGGAAGAAAGAGCAAAUUAACCAUUGCCAUGUAAAUUUGGAAUGUACAAGCGUUUCCAUUCUUCAAAAUCUCUCCUUUUUUCUUCUUUUUGUUGUUUCAGUAGGAAAGCAAUUUCGGUAUUAUUCAUCUCCGUAGUUAUUGGAAUCCGAUUUUAAGCAUGUCUUAGUUUUUGGGGUCCCCCCAAUGGAUACCAUAAUUAUAUGUACCUUAGUUUAUUACCAUAAAGAAAAAGGUUUUGAUCUA